UACAUCAAAUUUUCACUGAAACUUCUCAAAUUUCAAUCGAAGCUCAGAUAUCUGGUCUGUCAAUCGUCGAUUACGGUAGCUGCUUUUGCAGGAUAGAGAUUGGAAGGCUGCUGCUGAAACUGCUAAUUGGAGUUGCAUGACGACUGCUUCGGAGCUAUUCUACCAACGGAGGACGCGAAUUGGGCGUAAUUCGGAUUCGUAUGGCGUCGGGUCGGAUUUGAGCUCUCCACCGCCGCCUCCGUCGAUCAAUCGCCGCCACCGCCACAACAGCAGUGCCGGAGGCAAUCAGAGUCGCCGAGAUCCCGACGGCUGCAAUCCGUUGCGGCGCUCUCUUCAUCACCCGCGCCAGACCUCGCUCAAUCGCUCUUCUCAGGAAUGUGAAACGGUUCGACGCGAAGAGGGCAGCCACCAGUUUUCUCCCAGGAAUGUUAUCCAUCCAGAGCCUCAAGUUAAUGCACAAGAUUGGCUGAUGUUAAGUGGGAAUGACAGGCUUCCUGGAGCCGUUCUGCUUGCUAGAGAAAGACUUUUGCAAAGACUGAGAGGUGUUAUGCUCUCUGAUAGCAGGCAAAGUCACAGGAACUCAGCUGGUAGCCAACGUAGGGGCUUUGCAAUGGGCGAUGACUUCAGGCUCGUGGAUGCUGGGGAUUGGGAAACAGAAAUAUCUAGGGAGUGGCUUGCAGCAGCAUCUCCCUUAACCAAUUCAGUUGGCCAACGUCUGAACAUGAGGCCUCCAGGACUUACUCAAGAGGCACUGAGCUGUUUGCCAGUUGAGGUAUUCUGUGUCGCACAGGAAAGUGAUGAACAGCACGUGCCCAGGGCUUCAAGAGAGUGUAGCAUAUGCCUAGAGAGUUUCUUAGCUGGAGAUCAGCUGAUAUGUCUACCGUGUGGGCACAGGUAUCAUUUUUCUUGCUUGGAUCCUUGGGUUCGGACUUGUGCAGACUGCCCAUAUUGCCGUAGGAGUAUUGAUGUAACAACCUCUGACAGAGUUAAAAAGGAUCCAGAAUUUUGAUCUGUUAGAAGGUAUAUCAUCCACAUUAUGAAAUGAAUGUAAUGCUUGCACAUUGGCAUCAUUUAGUACCACGCUUAUAGCUUAUUGUAUUGUUAAAAGAUCAACUUCCAGAAAUUUUGGGGCAGCCCUAUGAGUUCAAGAGAAAAAUAUUUGUUCAACUCAGAACUUUAUGUUGAAAUAUUCUGGAAGCAGCAGGUUGUUUGGGA